CUGUUAUUUUCGGCAGUUUGUUGGUAGUCGGACACGAAAAUACCCUAAGUGUUCCUUUUCCGGUGUUGUAUGCGUACAUCAACAUACAGCAAAAAAAGAUGGGUAUAUCAGUAAAGGAUGUUAAUGCCCAUGAUUUCACAAAAGCUUUGGCCGAUUUCUUGAAAAGAACUGGCAAAGUUAAAGUUCCAGAAUGGGCAGAUAUUGUCAAACUGGGUAGAUUUAAUGAACUCAGUCCCUAUGAUGAAGAUUGGUUCUACAUUAGAGCAGCUUCUGUUGCUCGCCACUUGUACAUUCGUGCUCCAUGUGGUGUUGGUGCUCUAACCAAGAUUUAUGGAGGAAACCAAAGAAAUGGAACAACACCAAGUCAUAACUGCAGGGGUUCACGAUCAGUGGCUCGUAAAGUUCUCCAGGUUCUGGAGUCACUUAAGAUGGUUGAACAGGAUGCAAAUACAGGGGGUCGACGACUAACACCACAAGGGCGUCGUGAUUUAGACAGAAUUGCUAGCCAGAUUAAAGGAGGAAAGAAAGAGAAGAAAUAAACAUGUUUUGAAACUUUGA